AUGGACCAAUGCCCUAUAGGUGGUGGUGGUGGUGGUGGUGGUGGUGGUAGUAGUAGUAGUGUUUGUGCCGGGUCACAACGCCUGUCUAGCACUACUACUGGUCAACAAGUAUUCAAAAGAGCUCCUCUGGGUUCUAUUUUUGAAUGGAAUUCCGCUCCGGGCAGUGUGGAUGCAAACGGUUUUGCCAAGAAUGGCAGUGUCCUGUCUCAUCCGGCCGUCGGGACAACCACCGCUACAACCACCAUGGAUUCUGGACCGACCGGAGGUGGACAGGUGGCCCAUCGACCCCAAAUGCCUAUCAGUGCGGUUCGUAGUCCCCUGCCCCAUCGACGUUUGCAACAAUUGAAUCCGCUCUUUCUCUCUGCCCCAACCAAUCCCACAAUCCAACCGUUCCCGAAUCAGAAUGUGAUGAUAACGCAGGCACCUCUCUAUGCAGCCGGCCCGAUGGGUGUGGUGCCGACGUACCCAUCUGAAACACCGCUCAUGCGAAUGGCCAAUCCUCAGUCAACAAAUCAAAUGGUUCCGGUAGGGUACAACCCAGUCAAAACUCGUGCACCGAGUGUACUUGAUUGCGAACGACGUGCAACCGUUUUAUCUCCGCCUAGUGGUAUGGAUCCCCGACAGAUCCUCCUCAGCCCGGCAAUUCCGCAGCAAAUACUCAAUUCCACUGGAUAUAUGAUGGGGUAA